CAAGAUAAUAGAAGAUGGAAAAUGGACUUGGACAAGCCGUGGCUCACUGGUUAAAAGCUGCAGGGUUGAUCGGUCUAGCUCUUCUAGCGCUGGUUGGUCCCAUGGCCAAAGCUCUGGCGAUCGUGUUUUCGAUCGUGGCACUAGACGCAAUAGCAGCGCUUGAUGAUCAUGUAAGUUUCACAUACAGCAGCUUCUCGGGCCUGGCACGCAACGAUUUUGUGGCCACUGGUGACGCGACCAUCAACAAUGACGAGCUCCGGCUCACCGGCAAUCGCCUGUCGAGCUAUGGCAGGAUCAUGAAGCAGCAGGAGAUCCAGCUUUGCAACGCAUCCGCCAGCGCCGCCGCCUCCUUCUCCACCGAGUUCGUCUUCGCCAUCACCAAGAACGACUCCACACAGGUCAAUGCCGAUGGCCUGGCGUUCACUAUCGCCCCUAACCUCACCGCCACCUCCGCUGAGGGCUAUGGCCGCUGGCUGGGCUUGUUCGAUCCCGCCGCGAAUGGCCGCGCGAGCAACCGCAUCGUCGCGGUGGAAUUCGACACUUUCAGGAACUUUCCACCAGACUAUCCCGAGUUCCAGGACAUCGAUGGCAACCACGUCGGCCUCGACAUCAACGGGAUCCUGUCCGUGAACUCGAGCUCCCUCAAUCCGCGGGGGAUCUCUCUUGGCAUCGGUACCGUCGCGGCGAGGAUCGACUACGAUGCCGCCGUGCAGGGGCUGCGAGUGUUCGUCUCCUCCGACCCAUCGUUCCGGAACUUGGGCGACCCGGUGCUGGAGCACAGCCUGAAUUUGUGCGCCUAUGUCAGCGAUGUCUCGUACGUGGGCUUCUCUGCCGGCUCUGGCACCGCCAACCUCGACUUCCACCGAAUCCUGUCCUGGAACUUCUCGAGCAGAUUGGAGAGGAUUCCUCCUCCAUCACCAGUGACAGUGGUCGAUGGUGGAAAGAAGAAAGAUCGAUUCAAGGUUUACUUCAUCGUCACUGCAUCACUCCUGGCGCUCCUCGCCGCGUUGCUGCUCCUCGCGGUCGUCAGCUGGCUUGUCAAAAAUCCCUGGAGCAAACUUGGCUUCCCAUCCGAGAAGAAGAAGAAGAAGAGCUCGUCCAAGGACCUUGUGCCGCUGCCACACGAGAUCCCCUACGCGCAGCUCGCCGCCGCCACCCAAGAGUUUAGCGAGCACAACCUCCUGGGCACAGGCGGCUUUGGCAGCGUCUACCGUGGCAUCCUCCCCGGCGAGAACUCCCCGGUGGCCAUCAAGAAGAUGGCGCGGGACUCGCACCAGGGCGAGCGCGAGUUCCUGGCGGAGCUCCAGAUCAUCAGCAAGCUCAGCCACCGCAACCUUGUCCCUCUCCGCGGCUGGCACUGCGCGCGCGACCACCGCGAGCUCGUCCUCGUCUACGACUACAUGCCCCAGGGGAGUGUCGAGUCGGCGCUCUUCCACAAAUGUGACGCGCUGCUCCUCCUCUGGGACGCGCGGCUCCGGAUCCUCUCGGGCCUCGCCGCCGCGCUCAUCUACCUCCACGAGGACUGGGAGCAGCAGAUCAUCCACCGCGACGUGAAAUGCAGCAACGUGAUGCUGGACGACGAGUUUCGCGCGAGGCUGGGCGACUUUGGCCUCGCGCGCACAGCCAGCCAUGACGUGAGCGCACGCGUCACCACGCUCGCGGGGACGCUGGGAUACAUCGCGCCCGAGGUCGGGGUCACGUACAAGUUCACGCCCGCGUCGGAUGUCUACAGCUAUGGCGUGGUGGCGCUCGAGGUUGUGACUGGGAGGCGCGUGAUUGGGAGCUCCAAGGAGGAGAAGGAUCACAAAGCAUGGCUGCUGCUGCCAUGGGUGGAGGAGGAGUACGCGGCCGGGAAGCUCUUGGGUGUCGUGGAUCCAAGGCUCAAGGGAAUUUUCAACGCGGAGGAGGCCACCACUGUGCUUGUCACGGCGCUGCGCUGCGUAGAUAGCAAUCCGGGAAACAGGCCAACAAUGCGACAGGUUCGCAACCUUCUUUCCGGGGUUCUUCGUGAUUGACUCACGUACAAGGUGUUCUUUCGCUUUGAUACUUCUAAGAUAUUGAAAAUUUUGGUUUUUUGUUGGAA